GAAAAUACCACAUCUGAGCAGAGAAAGCAAAAAGAGCUGGAUAACUGGAAAAAUGUUGAUGGAGAAGCUAAAGAGAAGAGACGGGGAAGAGAUGUUGACACAGAAGGAGACAGAUCUGAAAAGUGCAGUAGGGGCUAUGAAAAAGAAUCUGACGAUGGAAGUGCAGGUGCUGAAGGGGCUAAUGAAAGCGAUAGAGAUGCUUUUAAUUAUGGAGUCCAGCAGCGUAAAAGGAUGCUCCGGCCAAGAGGCAGCCCUCAAGUGGGAAAUCGUGAGGCCCGUUUUAGGCCCCAUUCUCAGGAAAAUGAAAGGUGAGUAUUUAUAGUUUUCUUCGUUGAUUGUUUAAGUGUAAUUAGUACUAUUGGUACAUCUUUUUCUUCACAUUGGGAAAUUGGUGUUCUUAAAAACUUCUAUGCAUCUAUAGGCCUUUAUAUGAUGGAUUAAAAGCUUCUUGUUAACAUUCAAACAUGAUGAUUCAAUGAUAUUGAGAUGUCUGCAAAUACUAAGUCCAUGGUUUACUGUUGAUUCUGUGCCACUAUUAGUUUCUCUAGGAGGUAGGUGGUUGCUGUUGCACUGAAAUAAAUUUAUAGAAGGAACUUUGACUCUUGUUUCCUUCACUAUACCAUUUAAUGAAUAGGCAUAUGAAAU